CCUCCUGUUGCGUAAAUGGUUCUUUUUCGCGGCUUGGGAGUUAAUUUUCUGUCUAAUAAAAUAUUUCCGCUUGCUUUGUCUACCUUUACAUUUAGCAACACCGCCACCACCCCUGUCUCUCCGCCACCGUCGCUCAGAUGGACCCGCCACCACCCUCCACAACUAAACUCCGCCUGAUGUGCAGCUAUGGAGGGCACAUCGUCACACGCCUCCACACCAAGUCUCUCUACUAUGCUGGCGGCGAUACCCGCAUCAUAACCAUUCCCACCACCGCUGCCAAUCUCACUCUUUCCUCUCUCACCACCCACUUAGCUACUGUUCUUCACAUCAGCAACCCUUUUACUCUAAAGUACCAGCUUCCCAAUCACGACCUUGACUCGCUUAUCUCCCUUUCCACAGACGAGGACCUCCUUAUUAUGCUUGAUGAGCACCACCGCCUCUCCCCAACUCCCUCUCGCAUCCGGGUUUUCCUCUUCCCUGUGAAACCCAUUUCAACUCAGCCUGAAUUGACUCAGUUGAAUCCCGGUUCUAAUAUGGGUGAGUUGUCUGGGAACGAACUGAGGCACCCCAAGACGGAGAGUUGGUUUGCUGAUGUGUUGAAGAGCGCCAAGAUUAUGCAGAAGGGAGGGGUGGGGUUUGGAGGGGAGGGGCAGUGUGAGGGUAGUAAUGGUGCUUGUAGUGUUGGAGAGGUGAGUGUUGGUCUUUGUGGGCCGGAGUCGAUGGUUUUGGAGACGAAUUCAUCAUUCGGUUCGACUUCUUCUUCAGUUUCUCUGUCGAAUUUGCCCGCUAAGGGUCAGGUUGAGGAUCAUGGAGCGGGUUCUCUGGAUAACAAGGUCAAGUUGUCCACUUCAGAAUCAUUUGCAAGUGGCAAUAGUGUAGCUACUGCUGUUUCUCAUCCACAGACUUUGACUUAUCAAGACCCAGUUGCUUCAGUUCCUGCAACGGAGAAUACAAAUUCUUUCACCCCAUUAGAAUCUGUGAGUAAAAUCCUUGAUCCUUCCACUGGGGUUGAGACGCAAAAAGUGGUUCAUGUUUCUGGGUUUCCAUUGUCUCUCCAAUUUGACAAGCCACAAGUACAAUUUGUCCAUACACCUGCUCCACAUUACUUACCGCAGAACCCACCUGGAAUGAUGCCAAUAUCUUCUUACUAUUUGAUGAGUUCUCCAGUCCCUCAGCAGCAGAUGUAUUAUCAGACCAAUCAACCACACCCAAUAUAUGUUGUGCCUGUUGGCUAUCCUUACAGUUUUCCUAUGCAAAGUGGUUUGAUUAACCCUGCAACUGUUUGUUCUGAUCAUCCCCCAACACAUCCUUAUCCUUCUCUCAACCCUACUCAAGUGGCUUACAAGGUCGCAGCUGCUUCACCUGCACCUGAGUUAGCCUCACAAGUUUACAGAAUGGUCCCAACAUCAAGUUCACUUGUUAAUGUACCCCAUAAUGAAAAUCAUAAACAAGCUGAGGGUCUUCCUCAAAUCAAUCUCCAAGCUCAGUCCAUGGGUACUGCUUCCAUAGAAACUACUAAUUAUUCUAAUGAACUUGAUGAUGACCCUGCCCGCUCACAGAUAUAUAAAUCUCAGCCUCCACCUCCUACAUUGCCUUCCCGCCACCAAACAAUGACCAAAGCCACAAGAGUCUUGUAAUAAGAAGCUUUGGCACAGUUGCAUACAGAAAACAUUAAGCAACAACUGUGAGCCUCACAUCACAAUUAGCAUAACUGAACAAUUUUGGAUCGAGUGCUUUUGGUAAUUUUGAACUUCCCUUGGAUUUUCAGUUUUGCUAGUAUUAUGUGUUGUUCAAUUUGUAAUAGAAGUAAUAAUCUGGUUUUCUUACCCUUUUGUUUCAUCUAUCUUCGUAUGAGUUUCGUUGCUAUUAUUGUUACUUGAUAUGGAUGUUUCAGGUAAUAUAGUAAAAGAGUGUCAAAUGUUUGUAAAAGUGAUUGUAUAACUUUAAUUUAUUCUAAGUGCAGUUCUUCAA